GGAGCAUCCACACACCCUGCAGCGAUUUCCGCCUCCUCGAAAUCAAUACCUCCGUUGAAUACCAGGCAAUCCGCACAUACCGAUCAAAAUAUCUCCACCAGGGUAUCUCGUCAGUCUCCAGACCAAUCACCCCCGGGGAUACCGAUUUCCCUUCUUGGAGAUUGCUCCCCAAGGGCUAUUCUGUUCAAACUACCACCUCGCGUCCACUGUAGAUCGAGAAUGGCUCGCCCCCCAAUGCGGCAUGUCUCAGGAGGCUCGAAUACCAUCCUGACUUCCCAGACGCACGGUCUCGACUUCCGCCACGUUGCACCCCUUCAUCUUGGCAAUACACUAAGGAUAAGGAUCUCACCUUGUCCUUCAAGUCAGUCAUGAAUGCGGGUGGGGGAGUCACCGGUCUGACGCGGUUACUUUAUUCCUGCAAAUCUGCAUUUCCGGUCCGUGAUGACGGAUCCUUUGUACCUGGUAUCUACCCGUAUUUUUUCUUUUCUUUUCUGUUCUUAUUGUUUCUUUUCUGUCUGGGGUAGACGGUCCAUCGCAUAAUGCCACCUUCAAAUAUCUCCUUUGCAAAACGAAAAUUAUACGAAAGAAAAAAAAAAUCACAAUGCAUGUAUCCAGGGAGAUCAGAUCAUUCGGUCAUCCAAAGUCGUACAGAACAGGGCGCAGGACAGUCGACUCCCUUUGGCCCGUUUUCCCCUUACAGGUGUCGCAUUCUUCUCAUUCCAACUAUUUGUCCCUUUGCGGUUGGUUUCGCUUCCUCCAUAGUCAGUGGGCAGAAUCAGUCUGCUGUCUGUCAUUAUGGUUUAUUUUUAUCAUGCCACUACUUUCGGGGUGGAGGCGUUUAAUGCGCACUAGUAUGUAUGUAUGUUAUGCCCGCAGUGCAUGCAGUACACUAUUGCAGUCGUUGGUUUAUAACGGUAAAACGCACGUAAGAUUCGACUUGCUCCCGUUAGGGCCCCCACACUUUUUACCCAGAGAAUACGACAUCGAAAUCCUCCGUCGUCCAGUAUUCAAUGAACCCAGCGUCCAUCAAGUAUGGCCGCGCUAAUGCUGUCCCCAAGGAGCCUCGAUCCUCGACAUCCAACUGGCACAGAUAUCACGAGCCAAGGCACUCGCUGUAUGACCAACAAUGCGAGAGAGAUCCUCCGAUAGAGUGGAUAGAUACCACUACAAUGAGGCUCAAGCCCCCCGGAAUAGCAACCAUAUGUGCAGGGUGAGAUUGCCCUCAUUGGAUUCAGGUCCAGCGAUUCAUGCACGUUUUUUUUUGUCAUCGCUUCUGUGCUGCUUCCAUUUGUAUCAUGCGAUGUAGGUAG